AUGGACGCCAAUUCGCAGAAAGGUGGCAAUGAUGCCAGAAAGACUGCUGCUGCGAAAGACAUUCCUGUCCGACGCCCAAGCAUCCUGAAGAAUCAGUCGACGGCGACGAGUCCAGGCGAGGAGAAUCCAUCAGCAGGAGAGGGCCAGCAGAGCAACAAUUCUGAUGGCAUUGGGCCGGGUUUUACCCAUCAAGUCACCAAUUACCCAGGUGGUUGGACCUACGACACCAUCAACGGGAUGAACCCAACCUCGACGCAGCUGCCGCAAAUUCACCAAACACCUGGUUUUGCUCGGCCCCCCCACCUGUCUAUGCCUACCUCAGGUGCUUACUUGCACAACACAAACUCGCCGCCCAUUCCCAACUUCGCACCUCAACCCAACAACUUCAUCAUCAAUCCACCUCAGGUUUGGGCACACAAUCCUUUAUUAAUUCCAUUCCCUCACUAUCACGUAAGCACCCUUCCCACUAUGGCUGACUACGGCAACGGCUUCAUGCCCAACACGGGCCAGCACUUCCAGCCCCCCGUCCCUGACACAACUUACGGUGGCUUCGUCCACACCUACACCCCCCGUUUUGACAACGGCGCAACGACUGGUAUCCAUGCCCAGCCGGUAUCCAUCCCCAUGAUGAACGCCCAGCCUCAGGGUCCGCCGCAACAUGUCUACGUUGCCCAAGGUGGUCAGGCCAUCCACACCAUGCCCGGACAGCAGUUCGUUGGCCAACCUGGUGUUCCGAUGCCUGGUGGCCAGCCCCAGAUGAUCAUAGGUAAUGGUGCUCCCGGUAUGCCUGUUUCCACGAACCCCUUCCCCGACGUCAUGGGUGUUGGCAAGACUGCUGCAGAGGUUGCUGCUGAGCAGUUCAACCCGACGCUGAACCCUGAAAUCAACGAGCCUCAGGAGAUGAAGCCCGCGGAUGACAACCCUGCCCGCAUCUACAUGGUUCGUGAGCUUGACGGUAAUUGGAUUAAGCACAACCGCUAUACUAUUGAUCAUGGCCCCUUCCGCUGGUAUGUCACCGGCAAUGGCGUCUUCUAUGCAGUCCGCUUGGAAGAGUAA